GUGUGUGUGUGUGUGUGUGUGAGCGCGUCUGUUGCGCGCGCCCUCCGCCGUAUACCCUGAGAUCCACAACGGGGGGCACGGUCGCACGCCGGCGGGGUCCGUGGUGGCGGAGGGCCUGGGGUUUCGCCCGGGUUGUCAGGCUGUUUGCGCAGGACGUGGCGGUCCGACGCCGGUGACAGGGCAGGUGAUGUUUGCUCACGUCAGCCGCUCGCGUUUGAUGAGGGGCGCAGGGGACGCGGAUGGAGGGUGCGCGCUACUGUUGCAGCGCCUCACCGGAUAACUGCUGCUAUCUCAUCCUGUCCGUCUGUCCCCCCCUCCCCCUCCCCUCCUCUUUUUAAAAUUUUUUUAAAACUUAUUUUUAUUUACUUUUUCUUUUAGCUUGUUUUUGGACCAGCGGAACUCUUUAAGAGCGAAAAGACGCGGGAUUACAGGGUUUUAUUUUUAUUUAUUUUAUUUUUUUUUUAUUUUUAGGUGCGUGUGCGUGGAGUGCGCAUCAUUCCUUGUGAUUCCCCCUGUACGCGCAAGAGAGGCAAUGCGCCCACCCAUGCGAUGCUAGCCUAUUAGCUGAAGAGAAAGGCAGAGAGAAAGAGAGAGAGAGAGAGAAGCACAGAGAGAGAAAGAGGGAGAGAGGUUUCAAGUCCUGGAUCUCAUAGAGGAGGCUAAUUUACGAGUCUUGUUUUGCCUUUCAGGAAGGGGGGGGGAAAAAACCGGGAGAGAUAAGAAGGGGAGGGUGGUCGGUGAAGGAGAAUGCAGCAAUCACAUUUUUAAGCAUGCAGAAGCGGGCCGUUUCCGGUUCCUAGGCUCGCCGUAUCAUCACCCCCCCAUCCGACGCCAAGCAGCAUCCGUAUGGGGAAAGCAGAGGCAGACCCAGAUGGCAUGGACACUUCCACGACGUCUGCCGCUCUGCCCCGCCUGCCCUGCCGGAGCCCGUUCGCUGCCGCCGCCGCCGCCGUCUCUCUCCUCCAGCUCGCUCCGCCGCCCAGCAGCACUGCAGCACAGCACAGGCUGACGGCAUGAGGCUGGAUCCGGUGCAUCUCUCCAUGCUGGUCAUCGGGGUCUCCUUCGCCUGCUACGCCCCGAGUCUCAACUCCCUCCAGGACCAGGCGUACCGAUCGGCCGUGGUCAUCGAGGGCGAGGUGCGCUCCUCCCCGGAGAACGUCUCCGCCAGCGAGCCCUACAGCGUGAAUGUCAGAGUGCUGGAUGUGUGGCCCGUCAACAGCGGCGGCCUCGAGAGGGAGCAGCUCGUGACCGUCGGGGACUUCGGCUCCGAGGCACCCUGCACCACGGUGGAGAAGGACCACAGGUACAUCUUUUUCAUGGACCCGACCGCCGAGCCCCUGGUGUUCAAGGCGUCCUACGCCCCCGUGGACGCCAGCGAGCCGGAACUGAAGAAGAAUGUGGAGAGAGUGCUGUGCGAGGACUGCGCGUCUGCUCCUAAGCUGAGGCCGAUGCGAGGCCAGUCUCUGUUGGAGGGGGGCAAGAUGUACUUGAAGUGCGAGGCGUCGGGGAACCCCAGCCCUUCCUUUCGCUGGUACAAAGACGGACGCGAACUCCAGAAAGGCAGAGACCUCAAAAUAAAAACCAACGUAAAAAAUUCUAAGUUGCAGAUCACUCGUGUCCGUCUGGAAGACUCCGGCAACUACACCUGCGUGGCUGAAAACACAUUAGGACAAGAAAACGCCACGAGUAUAAUCACCGUGCAGAUCUUGACCACCACCACCCCAUCUCCAGGUGUGAGUCACGUGAGGCGCUGCAACGACUCAGAAAGGGCCUACUGCGCUAACGGAGGAGACUGUUACUUUAUACACGGUUUUAACCAGCUGUCCUGCAAGUGUCCCAAUGACUAUACGGGGGACCGCUGUCAAAACUCCGUCUUGACCAGUUUCUACAAAAUGAGGUCUAUUAACUAUAGCAAUCUUUUCAAAAAUGGAUUUAUGGAGGCAGAGGAGGUCUACCAGAGGCGGGUGCUGACGAUCACAGGCAUCUGCGUGGCCUUGUUAGUGGUCGGCAUCGUGUGUGUGGUGGCCUACUGUAAAACCAAGAAGCAGAGGAAUCAGAUGCAGCGUCACCUACAUCAAAACCAGAAUCAGUUCGUGGAGCAGCCAAACCGCGUGCUGGCUAAUGGUCCCAACCACCCUGGGCCUGGUCCAGAGGAGAUCCCCAUGCUGGAUUACAUCCCAAAGAGCGUCCCGACGACGGAGUGUGUGAUCAGCCAUGGAGCUGAGGGUGCUGGGAACUAUGCAGGCAGUCGAAUGUCAACCCGCUCCCAUCACUCCACCACUGCCUCACAUGCUUCCAGACACGAGGAGCAGACGUGGAGCAUGGAGCGGACAGAGAGCGUGAACUCAGACUGCCAGUCGGGUGGGCUCUCCAGCUCCGUGGGAACCAGUAAGUGCAGCAGCCCGGCAUGCAUGGCGAGGCGGGCCGCCAACUACGGUUGCACAGACGUGUCGGGAAUGGGGAUGCAGUACGGGGACUCUUACGACUCUCUAAGAGACUCGCCUCACAGUGACAGAUACGUGUCGGCGCUGACCACGCCGGCGCGGCUGUCUCCUGUGGAGUUCCACUACCCACCUCUGCCGCCCCAGGUGCCCACCUUCCAGAUCACCUCGCCCAACACAAGCCACGCCCUCUCCCUGCCCCCUGCUGCCGCGGCUUACCACAGAGACGACGACCAACCACUGCUAAGAUGCCCCGAAGACGGAAGUUUAUACAGGCAGCCCAGACGACCCCGGCGGCCCUACCUGACAGAGAGCACAGGAAGUCUACCGUCCAGCCCCUACCACCUCCCGGACGACGAAGCUUACGAGACGACGCAAGAGUAUGCCUCCUCCCGGGAACCCAUCCGGAGCCGGCGCCGGCCGCGGCGCAACCGCCUCAAUGGACACACGUCCCAGCGCUCAGCGGGCUUUCGGGACUACAGCUCGCAGAGCUUCAGUCAGUCGGAGGAGGAGGAGGAAGAGGACGAGGAUGAGGACGCUCACGGGGAGAGCACGCCUUUCCUCAGUAUGCAGAACAUGAACAUGGACCAGCCGCUGACCGGCUCGGGGUACCGCUCGUCGUCCGGCGCGGACACACGGACUCACCGUGGGCUGAGUCGGCCGAGCGCGCGCAGCAACGGGCAGAGCCGCAGCUCCCAGUCACAGCGCUCCAAAGCCGACAACAUGCCCCUUUAAGACCGGACCUCCCCCGACACCCACCCAUAACACCCCCGUCCUGUCCCGUCCCGCCACGACCCCCGCCACCUCACACACCUCCUCUCCUCCCUCCUUCACAGAACCAGUGGACUAGAGACCUGCACCUAGGAGAAAUAUUUUUAUUUUGUAUAACAGACAGAUAUUCUAAACAAAUGAAAUAUUUAUUUUCAUUUCAGCAAAAAUUGUCUACUAGCUAACAGCAAAGACUUUUUUUAUAACGGGGGGAUAUUUAUAUGUAAAGUUUUUUGAUUUACAGCAUUAUGAGAGAUGAAAAAAGGAGAAUUACGUGCCAAUUUUUUCACAAGUUAGAUAAAUAGAAUAAUAUUGUGGUGCCUUUUGCUGUAUGCUGAAGUCGGAGGUCCCGUUGAGUUUUUGUAGCUUUUCUUAUAAAGACUCCUCAUUUUUAUAGAGACCAACCCUCUUCCUUCCUAAUGCUUUGGUUUGGGUUUGUUUUUGUUAUUUUUUAUUAUUAUUAUUAUGUUUCGCUCUGAUUUGGGAUCUUCCUCUUUUUGAACUGUGAUCUGAUUAUGUCAUCAUGCAAUAUCGAUUCCUUCUGUGUACAAGGUGUCUGUUUACAUGAGUUCGCCCCGCGCGGUGGUCCAGCCGGAUGUGUAGGGUGGAUUCCUCUGACGAACACGCAUCUGUCAUUAGCCGCGUCCAUGUCUGCUGCCCGUCACUCAUCUUCUCGUAGUUUCUGUCGGAAAGAAGGGCGGUCAGGUGUCGUAUGUAGAGGGACGGCGACCUCAGAUAUCCGUGUAGAUGUUCAGGGUGCUGUCAUUACAUUAGUGUGUGCGUGUGUGUGUGAGAUUUUCAUAAAGCCUAGUUUGCGGUCCCUCACCUGACGCGUCCGCCGGUCGCCACGCUGCCAGAAGCUCCACUGCACUGUAAGCACCUCCCUCGCGCGAGCCAGGGAGCCGCCCGACCCGAACUGAACCCGACCAGUCCAGUUGUAAUAUCCAGCCUGACUCUGGCCUCCCGUGGACUGCCUGGCCCCCCGCCCGUUUCCUAUGCCAGCAGCUUAGAGCCGCACUGUGUCUCAGGACUUUCCCCAUCGCAUCACAGCCGAACGACUCGCAGCAGACCGAGCCUCCCCCGGCCCCCUCCACCGUCCCCGUCAUCCCAGUAUCAGAUCAGUCCACGAGGCCAGAACCCAUACCACCGCCCAACCGCACUCACUUCCGUCAAGUUAACAGAAGAAAAAAAAAAGACUCAUAGCCACAAGUUUAGGGCGCUGAAGUUGGGAACGGUAUUGGAAAUUCACAGAUUUUUUUUUCUUAUUAUUAAUAUUCAAAAAGUUGUAUGUAUGUAAGUAUGUAAGUGAGCACGUGUAGAUGUUUUAUCCAAAAAUGUUGGCGGUGAAGUCGGAGAACGCCGUUGUGCUGAGGGCACAUCCGGGGCCUUGCUAGGAAUUCUGCCUCACGCCACACCCACACCGAGAGGACGACGUCAUCCCGGCUCCCAAGUGCAGCUCAGAAAAUUACAAUGUCAUCAAAACGGUUCAGUCAAUUCGAAAAGUGGAACUCAUAUAUUAUGAAGAGGCGUUGCACACAAAACGACGCAUUUCAAGCAUUUAGUAGCCUGGUCAUUGCCUUCCUGUGCUUCUCCGCUCCAUUAAAAUCUUCUCGCUUCAGACAGUUCUCCCGUUUACAAGGAUUGGCUCCGGUAGGAUUUCUACUGGGCCAAUCAGCGAAAAGAAUGUGAAGCUGUGAACGAAGACGUUGAUUUUCCUGCGUUGUUUCAGAAUUGUAGUCUGCUUGUUUUUUACUUUAUCGACUUUAUAACAUUUAAAAUGUCAUCAGAGUCCAUGGCUGAAUUGAAUUAUGGUGAUUGUAGCUUACAGCUAGCCUGGUAAGAAUAAGCACCUUGUUCUGUGUUAUUUGUUUCGAACAGAGCUGUGCUGUGAAGCGAGAUCAUAAUUGAGUGGAAAUGUGCAGGAAGGUCAUGGCUAGGCUAGCUUACAGCUAAUGAGAGCCCAAAAUUUUGGUUUCCAAAAUUAGAAUAUCACAGAAAACAAUUUGAAAAGAUUUAAAAUGUAAACAUGCCCAGCUCUGUGUUCGCUGUGAAACAUCAAGUCCAUGCUAAUCUUUGAAUAACCUGUUUUGAUCCCUCUCUGAAUGCUGUUUUAAUUGGGAUCAAGAGUGUGGAGUUCACAGAGCGGAGCAAGUUACUUUUGCCUUGACAUUACCAUGUCUUUAUGUUAUUAUUUUUUCCCAUAUUUGUGGAUCAAAUACCAAUCUAGAGGUUAUUCCUCUAAGUAAUUAGUGGCCCAGCAGAAGGUAUGGCUAGCUUCCAGUUUCCAGGAGUUUGUCUUGUUUCCAUAACGAUUGCACAUGUUGCUUAUACAUGGUGUAUAAAAGCAUUCAGAAUCCAUUUUUGCAAAUCCAAAGUGAUCAAAUUGUUUAUCUCGCAUGCAAAGUGAUGCAGGAGCUUUGGCAUCAUGCCAAUAAACGAAUGUGCAACAGGAGUACUAUAUUAUGGCCUUCACAGCGAGGGUCUGAUUCGGCAGUUGUCCAGCAACGACCAUCAAUGAAAAUACAAAAGGUGCUGUGCAUUUUGCAUUUCACUUUGAAGUCAGUGUCCCAGAGUUUGAGCAGAGAGGCUCAGAAUCCACUCUGCUUAAGGUCCAGUGACGUUUCUGCUGAUGUGAGUCCGCUGUGCUUAUCAGUUCCAGUCAGUACAGAAUGUCUUCCAUUCUUAUUCAUUUUCCCGCAGGAGUUACGCCACACUGUAGAAAGGGCUUACAGGGGCAAUAGCCCAGGGCCCCCAAUUUUAUAGGGAGGAGGGGUGCCCCCCAAAAAUUGGGGGCACCCAAAAAUCUUGGGUGCCCCAAGAUUUUCUUUUAUUUUUUAUUUAUUAUUCUUUUUACUGAAUGCAUGUUUCGCAAACACUCUACCUUAUGUAGAACACGUAGGCCCAAAUCAUGUGGGUUUUAUUAUUUUUAUUAAUAUAAAUAUUCAAGUAUUUGAACAUUAUGAAGUAAUAACAGAUUUGUUUGGGAACAACAUGGAGUUGUUGGCUGAGGACGUAUUAAACCUAUGACGCAUCAGUUCAUACCUGCUGGUGUUUAGGACUACCUACUGAUUCACUGUAGUUUGCAUUAGUAAUUGAAUAUUUCCUUAUCGGAUAGAGUACCAAAACUGUCUCCAGCCCAGGGGCCCACAUCCUUGAAAAUCCGGCUCUGGGCAGGACUUGACACCCCAACGCACUUCCAGUAGUAGUAGUUUCUAGGAGAAACUCUAGCUUCUUUUCUGCUAGAAAUGUGCGCAAAACUUUGUCGAUAUUUCUGCUAAUGUUUGGGGGGGGGGGAAAAAUUUUGUAAUUCCUGUGUUCCCAUUAAAUGAGAAACGCAAUUAAACCUACAUGUGAAUAAGCUUGUUUACAUGAGUCGUUAAAAACAUGCCACUACUUCCUGUUUUCUUCUUAGUGUUUUGCGCCAGUGGUAACAACCAAUUGUCGAUCUCAUGACUGGUGUGGCAUGAUUAGUGUUCCCAUUGCAGUUUUUCAAAAAUAAACCAAUUUCAAUGCAAAACGUCUUAUCAAAAAUUUAGUUGUUUUUUUAAAUGGCGUGUUUCCAUUGAGCAAAUUUAUUUUCCAAAUUUGAAAUUGCGCAAUUAUUGGUCAAAGGAAACGCAGCUUCUGACAGACCAUAUGAGUUUCACUUUUGAAUUCAUUUGAAUGACGUUUGAAUUUACUGAGAUGCACCUGAUGUUUUUGUCUUUUCUUUUCCAAACUUCCACGUGUUUUCGUCACGGUAGUGGGUGGCACAGCUUGGACGUGAAUUAAGAGGCGACAAAGCACACUUGUGUGGCGGUGUGUGUGAUAAUCCAGGUUAAAACGUCCUCAGUUGUGAUUCCGACAUUUUGAUCGCCUGAGCUUCUUUUGCUUCGUCAUGGCGCCUGACAGGAGUUGUUGUUGUUGUUGUUGUUGGGGGUUUUUUCCCCACCAUCUCCCGCCGUCAUGUCUUCCUCUCACCAUCUUAAGACCAUCCGAAAGCAACCAGCGGAGAAAUUUAAACCCCUCGUCUGGAACACACAGAGCAGCACACUCACAUUAGGCCGACCAAAACUCUUCCACCCCUUGGAGACUCUUUGAGGAUGAACGUCACUGUGUCCCAUAGAACUCGUUCCCCUGUUUAGGUUCUGUUUUCUUUCCUUCCACAGACGAUGCAUGGAUCAGAGAUAUAGAGUAUCUUUAAAAAAAAAACAACAAAAAAAAAAAACAAGGUGACAAAUCCCGCUCGGAAUCCCAGUAGAGGUGAAUCAUUUGGGUAUUUUUCCCCCCCCCCCCCCCCAAAAAAAACGUUCCGCCUAUAGUUCUAUCGUAUUGUCACUGUAAUCAGUCCGGGAUUUUACAACAUGGAAAAAUCAGCAAGUGAGGAUAGUGUGCUUCUAGAGCUAGUCGAAAUGUUUAACAACUUCUCUCCCCCGUCCCCACCCUGUUUCUCCUCACCCCACACUUCCCCACCCACCUGUCGCAUACACACAUAAAUGUCACUCAUACACACACUGACACACACUCAAACUUUAAUACACACACACACACACACAAUCACACAGAGAGAGAGACACACAGCCCUUCAACGUUUGUUUGUCAAGCAGUUUGUCUUUUUUACCUGCCAAUUCCCUCUCCUUACCCUCACUUCCAGCUCCACCCUUUUCUCCCUCCCCUCCCCUGCAUGUCCUAGUGGUACUGGUAGUUGGGUGCAUGGAAAAAGCAGCAAGCAAAUUGUUUUUCCACUCAGUAAAAAAAAAAAAAGAAAGAAGAAUAUUAACAAUAAAC